GGGCAGGCUGAGAAGCGCAGCUGCUGUGUGUGUGUGAGUGAGAGAGGGAGGGAGGGUGAGGGAGACAGAGAAGGAGGAAGGAUUUUUAUCACCGACACUCUCUACCCCUGUGGUCGACAACAGUGCUCUACCGGCGGUUGGAGGAGCCAGAUAGACCUGUCGGGCGACUGGUAACCUUGGAGGCACGCCAAACCACCCAGGAGGAGGGAAGAGGGUGGAAGGAUGCCUCUUUCCCUGAUCUGACAGAAGACAUUUGUUCGGUGAAUGAGCGGAGGGUACCGUAUUGACGCAAUACAGCAGGUGAGUAACCAUGGAAUCCACUCACCUCCUGGACGGCUCCAAGAAACGGGUGAAGAUCCACCCUCACACCGUCACCGCCAAGUACGCCCCACACACACCCCACACACACACACACUUCCCCCAGCCCGGAGACGAGGGGUACGAUGACGCUCCCUCCUUCGAGGAAUUCGGGUCCUUCCUGGAGGAGACCUCGGACACGAAACAGCUGACAGGAACCAGGAAGUGGACAGGAAAGGCCGGCGCUCUGUUCGGAGGGAAGGACAAAAACAAAGACACACCCCCUAGACCUCCCAUGGGGGGAGGCGAGGGGGGGGUGGAGGGAGGAGGGAAGGGUGCAGGAGGGGGAGUAGGGGAGCAGCUAGCGAGUUUCAGCGAGGCGUCUGUCUCUGCGUCUCGGCUCACGUGGGCCAGUGUGGUCUUGGCGGGGCUGGCCCACGGCUGUGUGUGUGUUCUGACGCGCCUGGCCGCCUCACGCUUUAACCUCCCACCCUUAACUCUCCUCUUGGUACGAUCCGUCCUCCAGCUGCUCUAUGGGACUGUACCAAUGAAACGGGCGGAGACGGCCUUUGGCUCAAAGGGCUAUCGGCGGAAGCUGCUCCUGUACGGUCUGACUCACUCCUUCUCCCUCUGCUGCGCUUACUCGUCCUUAUCCUUUGUCUCCCUCGGCGACGACGAGGCCAUGUUGACAACCUGGCGCCUGGCGACCACCGUCCUGUCGGCCACUCUGGCGUUGUUGCUCCUGGACGAGCGGCUGGGAUUGGUGGACCUGGUCACCGUAGCGACAGGCGUGUUAGGACUGGGUCUGGUGCUAGUUCCUAACCCAACAGGGCUGGAUCAGAACAACAACGGGACCGGGUCAGGGAUGCCCAAUGGGGGGACACCGGCACAACAGUCGGCCCAGUUCUGGCGGGAAGCGUUUGGUUGGUCCCUGACUGUUCUCGCAGGACUAUGGAUGUCUCUGGCUCUAGUAAUGUACCGCUCUCUGAAGGAACGGGUCAGUGUCGGCACCGCUCUGUUCACUGUCAGUUGGACCGGCUGUCUGAGCACCGCAGUCUCCAUGCUUCUCCUCCAACAGGGGCCAGUGUGGCCGGCCAGUCUCCAGGCUUGGUGCGUCGUCCUGGGGGUAGCUGUGUGCUCUGCUGGGGGGUUCGUGGGGGUGACCAAUGGCCUCACCCGACUUCACCCAGCUUUGGUGUCGGCUACUCAGGGUCUGGAAGUACCGGUCGCUAUGAUGCUGGAGAUCGCUGUUGUGCCAUUGGUUCCCUCAGUGUGUGAGGUCAUAGGGGGUGUGGUGGUGGUGGCGAGCGUGGGUUGGCUUGUUACAGUGAAGCUCCUCCCCUCUCGAGGAAGUGGGAGGAAACAGAGAGAAGAGUAUGAAGAGAUCCUGGACUCACCAAUUAAAUAACACACACACACGCACACACAAAAGCACAUGCAAGGAGACAUGCAUGCACAAAGAUUCUGGACUUGCCAAUCAAAUAGACCACUCCCCUUCUAUUUUUCUGUCUAUCUCUCUUUUCCCAGGGGUUUUGUGCUCUCUCUCUCUCUCUCUGUAUCUCUCUCUCUCUCUCUCUGUGUGUGUCUCUCUCUCUCUCUCUCUCACUGUCUCUCACUCUGUCUCUCGCUCUCUGUCUCUCUGUCUCUCUCUCUCUCUGAGGUCAGUGUGUAUAUAAAAGGACUCUAUGGUGAAUGUUAAUGCUUGAGCUAAAAUAGCUGUCUAACCACAGAUCUAGAAUCAGAUACACCAACUCCAAUCCUUACCUUAACCAUUAGGAGGUGUCAAGAUAUCUGACCCUGUAUCAGUGGUUAGGGAAAACAUCUACCUAGUCCAAUGUGAAUAGUAAAUGUAUCUAUUUUGUAUUGUAGUUGUUGUAAUUGUUGUGAAGUGCCAAUACUGUGUUGUCUUACUGGCUAUUGUGAUAGUGUGAUGUCAUAUUAAAACCUCACUGUGUUACUGUGA